AUGAUUAAGACCGGAAAUAAAAAGUAUAGUGGGAAUGAGCAGAAGGUCGAGGAACUACAUUUACUGAAAUUUAAUUACUUGGAUUUGGUGGUGAAGGAGACUCUCAGGCUGUACCCUGCAGGGCCACUGUUACUUCCUCGAGAAACAAGGGAAGAUAUCAUAAUUGGUGGAUAUCACAUUGAGAAAAAAUCAAGGGUUCUUAUAAAUGCAUGGGCCAUAGGAAGAGAUUCCAACGUGUGGUCAAAUAAUGCUGAAACAUUUUACCCCGAAAGGUUUAUGAACAGUGGCAUAGAGCUUCAAGGGCAAGAUUAUGAGUUGAUACCAUUUGGUUCUGGUCGAAGAGGUUGUCCAGGGACUCAGUUGGGUCUCAGGACAGUGAAACUGGUAAUAGCUCAAUUGGUGCAUUGUUUUAAUUGGGAGCUUCCUUCUGGUAUGAAUCCUACAGAUUUGGACAUGAGUGAGGAGUUUGGACUCGCAAUAACAAGAGCCAACCACCUACUAGCAAUUCCAAGUUGUCGCCUGUCUAGUGAAGCAUUUGAAGAAUAAACCAAUCUGGAAAAUACGCAUAAUUUAUAUGUUUGAGUAUUGGAAAUAAUUUUAUUUGAAGUAUUAUGGGACACUAAAUGUAGAUACUUCUUCUUGC